AGCGCUGGAUGGAUCGUCUUGUUGUGAUUGUUUAAAACAUUUUAUAAACUACUAUAAUAGUAAUAAUGAAUCCCUGCACCAUGGCUAGCCCUCAAGUGGACACUGAUGGUGACGGGCGGUGGAACAGUAUUCAUAACAGGUUUCUAUCAGAUGCUAAGGGAAAGGAAGCCGAUGUCAUAUUUAUGGGCGAUUCUAUUUUACAAGCUUUAGAACAUACUGAAGUUUGGAACCAGUGGUUUUCACCUCUUCAUUGCCUUAAUUUUAGUAUCCACAAGGAUCAAACACAAAAUGUUAUCUGGCGCAUUAAAAACGGUGAAUUGGAUUAUGUCGAUCCUAAGGUGAUAGUAGUACAUGUUGGCACUAAUAAUGUUGAACAUACAGCCGAGCAAGUAUGUGAAGGCAUUUUAGAAAUAAUAAGAACUAUCAGGGAAAAACACCCAAGUGCUUACAUUGUGUUACCUAGUCUGCUCCCAAGAGGUCAGUAUCCUAAUGCUUUGAGAGACAAAAAUUCAGCAGUAAAUCAGCUACUGAAAGAAAAAGUUUCCAAUAUGAACAAAGUAGAAAUGGUGUCUAUUGACAAGGGUUUCAUUCAGAAUGAUGGGACAAUAAGUCAUCAUGACAUGCACGACUAUCUCCUGCCUUCGAAUGCUGCCUGUCGAAAGGCUUUUGAGCCAAUUUAUGACCUCCUACAGCAAAUUUUGUCUGAGGGAGAACCCGAAAAAGAUCUAACUCCCUCAGAGUAAUGAAAUGAGUUAGAUGGCAGUUAGAAAGGCAGCAUGCUCAUUGUGAUGAAACAUUUAUUAGUACUUAUGUUAGCUUUUGUAUCUUAGUCUUAAGUAUCUCAUGUUUAAAUAGUUUUUAUAUCUUUUACAUUCCAAAAUUUUUAUAUUGCAACAUUCCCUGAUUGGCUGUGCUUUACCGAUUUGAAAUUGUGUUUUAAAUUUUGCAAAAAAAUCUUAAGUUUAUGAAGUUGAAAAAGACUUGUGUACAUUUUACAGGGUUUAGUACUUAAAGGUGGAUUAUUUCCUAGCCAUAAUUUAAAGCAAUUUGAAGUAU